GGAGACACUGGAGUGCAACUCACUUGAUGGUCAGUUUUCCUUGGAGCUGAUGCCCCUUCCCCAUCUCAGGAUCUGAAGCCAAGCCGAGGCUGGACCCUGGCAGAGCGGUGCCACGAACAGGAACCUCAAGUCCGACUGAAUCUCUGCUUUUCCAGAGGCACACACAGCUGAGAUCAUGGCAUUUGACGGCAGUUGGAAAGUAGAUCGCAAUGAGAACUAUGAUAAGUUCAUGGAGAAAAUGGGCAUUAACUUGGUGAAAAGAAAGCUUGCAGCUCAUGACAAUUUGAAAUUGACCAUCAGGCAAGAAGGGAAUAAAUUCACUAUUAAAGAAUCUUGCAGGUUUCGAACCAUUGACGUUGUGUUUGAACUCGGUGUCGACUUUGACUAUAGUCUAGCAGAUGGAACGGAACUCAAAAGACCACAAGCUUUUAGUGAUUAUGAUAUUCAAACACAAUAA